AUGGAGCUCGGACUAUUCUCAUCUGUCGGAUAUCGCUCAUUGACAGUCACAAAAGUUCUGACGAUCCUGCUCCUCAUCGACUCGUGGAUCUUCCUCCUGAGUUCCGGUAUUCUCAUCAACGGUCUUGGAACAUCGUUGAACGCGCGAGUAUGCGACUCGGUCAUGCUGACCUGCCUUUUUAUCUACUUUCUGGCAAAGGGAAUCAUCUAUUUUAUGCUAGUUGAACGGUUAUACGUCGUGUGGCCGAAUCGCGGCACCCGCCUCUCAUCCACAGUUUGGAAAGUUGCCAUGCUCGUUAUACCUGGGUUUUUCGUCCUUACGUUUGUCAUUCUAUUCCGCCGCUUCUCGAUGAUUCGCGAAGACAUGCAAUGCAUAUUAGGCCUAGGUCGCCAACUCACCAUCACGAUUAUAUGUUACGAUGUACUCGCAAAUCUCCUCUUGACCGGUCUCUUCCUCUGGCCUCUUUGGCGGCAUGCUAGCCUUAGCCCAGGUCUUCGGAGGGUCGCCUCUCACACCGUAAUUGCAACUGUUCUGUGUCUGGUUAUGACCGUCUCAAACCUGAUCGUCCUGACCCCGGGUCACGAGAUUGCCUGGAUUUGCCUUACGACGUGUUCACUUGACGUCUGUGGUAAUUCACUCGUCAUGUUCUGGCUUACACGGCCAAAGGUCAGGUAUACCUCGCAGGCUACCAACGACCCACAGCCCUCAACGUCGCGAAAAGGUGGUCGAAUUUCAAAGACCUAUCGACUCGAGAGUCUAUCUGGAACGACUAGAAAGGAUGGGGAUACCAAGACGUGUUCCCAACCGAUUGAAAUUGGCACGUAUUCCAGCCGGCCGAACACUUCAACGGGACCAAUCGAGAGUACGUCUCCACGUCGACAUGAACACGAGGAACGCUUGCAGCGAACGUCGCGAGUGACCAUGCCCGUCUUUCCUCCUUUAGCGCUACGACGUUCGACGGGAGCAGUACUUAGUCACCUGUGGCCGAGCGAAUGGAUCCAGUCAUCGCCAACGAAUAAGAUUCUCGAGGAGGAGGUGGAGCCACAGGAGCCUGUCGAACCGCCGUUGGGCUUUGCAGACGAUUUGGAUAUUGCAGCUACAGUACACUCGUUUGACGAGGUGGCAAAUGACGUGAACGGGAGAGGAGUCUGA